AACUGCGAUUUUUGUUGACGUGCUGAAGAAUUUAAUUUAAUUGCUUUGAUUAUCAGUUUUUUAUAGUGUCAUGAAAAUGUAGGUGUAUUUAAAGUCAUUUGGAACUAUUUGAAAUAUUUUGCGUGUUAUAAGGAUAGCAAGGAUACAAUGGUACACCUGUGAUCACGGUAUUUUGAAGUAGUGCCAAAAUGGGAGAUGAUUUAGUAACAUGCCUAAUCGACGAAAUCUGUCUUGAAGGACUAGAUGGCAUUACACUUGACGAUCUCUGGCUGAGGCUGAAAGAGCGACCAGGAUUUGAUCUGAUUCUGGACGACUCAUCAAAAGAAUUCCUUUGGAAACUAAUUAAAGAAUUGGAUGAUGUUGAAUUUUAUGAGUUACAUAAACCACGAAAUCCAUUGAUAAUAUUUGAUCGUUAUAAAUAUGUUGAUCCAGAACUUGGUACAGUUUUAGAACCUGAUGAAAUUCCAGAAGACAUUUAUCCAUUUCACCAAAUAGAUGAUAUAAAGAAUGGAGUUAUGGGUUCUUGUUCAACAUAUCAUUCAAGACGUCAACUAAAGGAAGACCUUGCUUCUCUGUCAUACACAGACAUUAUUUCAAGGUAUGGCAGAAAAUUUGUGGUUGUUGGGAGCCAAUCCGCUCGGAAUGCUGCUCUGAUGGGAGAUGAAACAGAUCCUGGAGUGGAACUCAGUCUCAUGCAUUACUGUCUUCUUGAGAGAAUUGGGAGGUCACGCUAUCAUGGUGAAAUAACCCAAGGGAAGAUUAGUUUACAAGUAGUGGGAGAAGAUCCAAAAUCACUAUUCUACCAUAGGAAGUUCCUUACUGCGAACAAUUUUAUAACAAAGCAGGUUCAUCACUUGAAGACAGGAGCACAGAAUUGUUCAGGAAGCUUAUUACACUUGCCUCGGUUCUACGUGGAGCGCAAACCAAAAGCUUUGUACUUAACAGAGAAAGUAAUUGAAAUUUUAAAGACCCGGACAAAUUAUAUUGCUGAAUAUGAUGAAAUAAGACAAGAAUUACGACUGUCUAAUUCUCUGAAAAAGUUAUUUAAGACCUUUGAUUUUCAGAAAUUUGUGAGAACAGACCAGAGAAUCCCUUACCGUGCUUUACAUCCGGAUGCAAAACCAAGUGAAUGGAAACUCAAAAAUAAUGAUAAGGAGAAAACUAUACGAGUAAUCCAAUUGAUAGAUCCAGAUAUGAAUGUGCAAGACCUCUGGGCAAAAGACGAUGAAUUUGAGGAACCAGAAGAUAGUAACACAGUAUCACCAGGGAAUGUUGAUCAAGUGCUAGACCGGCCAUUACUCAGCCAAGCUUACUAUGCAGUUGAAGCAGCUGGUCCACAAGGUGUUAGUCAGCUAGAGCUUGCUGCAAUAAUGGGCAUGUCAAAACUACAGUCUAGAACAGUAUGUAGAAACCUAUUACGGACGGGUUUGAUAGUAACAUUUAUGAAUGACAUAGGGAGACAGAGAGUAUCCAGGUUUAUGGCAAAAAUAUUUGAGCGGCAGUGUGAAAUGAACUUGCAGUUCAAUAGAGAGAAAGAGAGAAUGCUGGCACUCACAAGUGAAGGUGGAGACAAGUCAAAUGCUGAAACAGUCCGUAACUUUGAGAGUAUGAGAAAGAGAAAGUGUAAAACAUUUGAAGUUACUCCUCAAUCCAAGAGACAAAAGAAAUCCCGUGUUAAGCAGGAGCCCGUAAAGGAUACUGAUAGAAACAUACAAAUUUCAGUUGCCGAAAAAAAUGAAGUGCCUGUACCUAAUUUUGGAAUACCUUCAUCUCUGGAAUCUCCUGUUCAGGCACCAUCUUCAUUUUCAAAAGAAAGUUCAGAUAUGGCAUCUUCUGACACACCACAAACAACUCAGGAGAUUUCAUGCCAUUCUGUAAAUAGCAAUUCAUCUGUAAACUGUACAGAACAGAACACUUCCUUACAAUUACAGCUAUCAUCAUUGCCAACUUCUCAAGGAGGAACUGUUUCUUCUGAGAAGCUUGAUAGUACAGAAGAAACACAGAACUUGAUUUCAGGAUGUACAUUACCACAUACCUCCACUUCAAGUCCUGCACCGGGAAGUCCACUGUGUACAGGACAAACAUUCCCAUCUGAAAGUUCAGUCUCAUUCCUGACUUCAGAACUAACGCCGAGUAAGGAAGAUAAUACAGUAGUGACCAGGAAAACAGUAUCUGACAAUGGCAUUGUCACUGAGAUCACAGAGUCCACUGCAGUCAGACAUUUACCAAGGGGAUUUGAUGAAAAUCUAGAAGAUCUAAAGAGUUAUUUUGCUCACCAAGUGAAGGAUACUACAUGUGUAACAUACCGUCUGCUGAAACGGGCUAAUUUGAUAAUUGAAAGUAUUAAAUCCCAGAAAGUCAUUGAAGAUUUGACAAAAUUGAUGAAGCUGAUCAGUGAAGAAGAAGACCGAGAAGGCUAUAAUGUGAGAAUUGAUAAGAAAUCACUGAUGCGGCUGCUCUCCAAAUUAAGCAAUGAUGGCUUUCUAAAAGUAAUAAAAGUUGUUCUUAAAGGUGGAGACAAAGAGAAGGUCUUGCAUUUUGUAUGCGAACCAAGUGUUACAGUAGAUCACUCUGUCAUACAGUCAGCAAUAGAGCAGACUAGAGUAAAAUCUCUUAUAACUGCUAAGGAGAAGAGUCCCAAAGCUCCAACCAAAACGGAAACCAAUAAGGAAAAUAUGGAUUUAUGCAAGGAGUGUACCACAGUAAAUCAGAGUGUUAAUGAGUUAAACUCAAUAAAUGUUGGUGUCAAGGAGCAAAAGCUGAUUUAUGAUAAGAGGAUUGGAAAGAAGUAUGGCUUCAGUCCAAAGUUCAUUAGAAUGAAAACUUUGCACCAGUUUUUAUUUUAUCUUGUUGCUGGUUAUGAAGGUGAUCUUGAUUUAGAUCAAGUGACAGCAAUUAGCGAUCUCAAAGAGCAAGGCACCGUUAUCACUGAAGAAGAGGAGUCAAAUAUGCCAAAAAUUUUUGUUCCCAAGCCUUGUUGGAAAAUGUUUAUUCCUCCAUUGCCCCAGCAUACAGGUUGGCCAAAAGGCUGGGCUCUAAUGUGUGACAUAUUGCUACGACUUCCUCUCUCUAUUUUUGUUAAGGUUUUCAAUGUUUCGUACAUAGUUCCUGACAUGGAAAAUUAUUUGACACAUUCUGUUCGUCGGCACUAUUUAGUCAAACACUUGCCAGAAAAUAUGAGAUGUUGCUUAUUUUCAAAAAGGAAGUAUAUAUUCAGCAUACAUGAAGUAAUGCAGCGUCUUUGUUUUGUUGGUUUGGUACGUUUCGGUCCACAACGCCUAAAGGAAAAAGAUCAGGUUUUUGUGUACCUUAAUAGAAGAACACAUCUUCUGGAUACUACAACAUCAAAACCUGGUUACCACCAAGUUUCAGAUAAUAUCGUUUAUCAGGAACAUAAAUAUUAUUUUGGUGACAUGGCUGAUGUAGAGAAAUAUUGGUAUGAUAUGUGGAAUAUUUGUCUGCACACAAAUUUGGGAGGGCGGCUGUGUGUAGCAGGAAAAGACAUAGUGCUGGAGAUGUUGCACAACAAGCCAGCCAUGGUGAAGUCACUGGAACCAGUUACUCCUCAAGAAAUUGAGUCGCUGGAUGUAGGAGAUGUCCCAGGUGACAAAAGAGGCGCCGGAGGGCUGGAUUCUGCCCUUUUCUCUCACCUGAAGAGGAACUGGAACUGGAGUUAUACAUCUAAGUUUGCUGCUUUUGAUCUAGCUGGAAAUAUGUCCCAGAACACUGAAGUGAGAAAGCAGAGUACAGCAUCCAUCUCAGAAGAAAUAAGAAAAAAUAAGGAAAUAUUUGACAGCUAUGUGGGAAAUACCAAGAAAGGAAAUAGACUCCAGCGUUCAAUUUCAAGAAAACCAGCUGCAAAGAAGAUCACACGCAGAGUUCUGAUUCGACAGAAGAAGAAAGAACAUAGACCUUACUAUGAUGAGGCUGCAAGCGCCUUGCUUCUCAUGAGUAAAUUACGAGUUGAUUGGAGCCAUACAGAGGACAAUUUUUUACUGUUGUGCAAAGUUGCUAGUAUGUAUCUUUGUCCAGUUCCACGACAGCAAUUGGUUCCUUUCCAAUUAAUCCGAGAUAUACUUCAUAGUAAAUUCCCGGAAUCUCACAACAAAACAUCCCGUGCAUGUCAACGGCGUAUAUUAUAUAUGAUGAAAAAUAUGUCAACAUCCAGUAGUGUUGCAUUGUUUUUAGAGGAAAUUCGGCAAGAUGCGGAAAUAAAGAAAAAAUUUGAGAUUUCAGUUUCUGAACUCCGGAAGAAGUGUGAAAAUUCUGAAGAAGUUGAGAGAAUUGUAGCAGAGAAGUUCAGGGGGUUGAUUGCUGUCUUGGAAAAGAGGUUUGACAGGCUGGCCAACAAGAAAGCUUCAAUGGUUAUACCUGAUACUCCAGAACUAUUCUGGAAGAAAUAUGAAAUUAUACGCCCAUCAAAGUCGCUGAAAAAGCGAGGAUUUUUUCAGGAUGUAAAAUGUAUUACGGAUAUUCAGAAAGCUGUGAUACAAUCUGUCAUUCAUAGUUCCCUGUGCUGUGUGCAAGACAAGACUUCUUGGGCAUAUCAGCUGUUUAAAGUUUACCAACAGUUUCCAGAUAAUUUGCUCAGAUCUGCAAUGAAAAAGAUCCGUGAAGAUCAAAUAGUAUCUCUUAAGAAGAAUUAUAUGCAUUUGGCACAGAGAAAAGGAAAUUUCCUGCCAUUGUCAUGUUCUCCAUUCCAGCUCUCUAUCAGCUAUCGACACAUAUUACAAACAAGUUAUCAAUACUCAAUAUUCCAUCAGUCAUUCACCAUGUCAUUGAGUUUGGAGAACUGGCAUACAUCAAAUGACUGGGAAAGUAAUCCUGAGGACAGAGGUCUGAAACUGAUGGUAACUGAUGGUGGAUCAACUGCAGCUUUAGUGGAACUGUUCUGUAAAGGAGUGAUUGAAUUUGAUUUGGAGAUACCUGACCAAAUCAUUACACUCAACCCAAAGGUUUCAGAAGUGGAUGAAGGUUAUGCUCGCAUAAUAGAGAGAUAUAAAGAGAUCCUUCGGUCCUACAAACCAGGAACUGAAUUCUUUUCAUCUUCAGCUCUGUUUAAGAAUUAUGGAUCCUCGACUGGAGCAAAUAGUGAUGAGUCAGAUGAAGAAGAAGACAAAAAUGACCCAGAUUAUUCACCUACUGAUGAUCCAAAUACUUGCAAUGCUACUAGCCUGGCACGAACUGCCUCUCGCAUUGCAUUGUAUAUGAUGCGAGAGGAACUUGAGGAUAAAAUGGUUGAAAACAAUCAGCAUGCACAUGAUUUUUUUGUUGUGAAUUCAUGCACAGUAUAUUGCAAAAUUAAUAAGUUAUCUGGUGAUAAAACCAAUCAAGAAAUCAAAGGUUAUAUUAAAACAGUAUAUCCAUUGGAAAAGGAAAAAAUAAAAUCCACAUUAGAUGAUUUAAGUUCGAGAAUAUGUGUUGAAAGUGAUAAAAUUGAUGAGGAAGACCUAAGAACAUCAUUCAUUAAUUCUGGACAUUCUGAUUCAGACUGGGCUAAGAUGUUGAAAAUUAUCAGUUACCUUGCAAGCAAGAGGGAGCUAGGGGCAAGGUUGAAGCAAUUUAAGUUUGUGUGCCAGAGGAAUUUCAAAGAAUUGCAAUUUUCUGAAAUUGUUUCAUUUCUUACACAAAAUGGUGUUGUAAUAAGAAAUGGUGUAACAGAGGCCCGUUACAUACAUUGGAAAUUCAUCAAACUGUGGCUCGUAAACACUCGUAGACUACGCCGUUUGAGCAGGGAGAAACUGAAGCCAAGUAUGGCAAAGGGCUUGCGUGUAGUUGGACCUAAAAAAGAAGUUGUUACAGAGGGAGAGAGGAAGAUUAAAAAGAAAAAAGGACAAAUGCUUUAUCAACUGAAAAAGAGGAAAGCAGAACGUAACGGACAGCAACAAAAACGGAAACAAAAGCUUCGAAAAGUUCAGUCGCAAUCAGGUAAAACAAAAAGUAGUGUAAUAAAAAGAAACAGGUAUAGAUUUUCACUCAAAACAAAGUCUAACUUACGUGCUGAACUGAAGGCACGUAUAAAAUCCAGUUUCUCUGGAGUAAAUGUGAACUCAGAUGCUGAACAGGCAGCUGUGGUCCCAGAAGAUUCUAAAAAGACUAAUAACUCAUGCUGUAACCAGAAAGAUGACACUACAACAGACGGUACAGAUGCAAACAUUCCUCUUUCUGAAGCCAUUUCAGAUAACAAUUAUCCUCAACAUCCAGUUGAAGUUAAUAAUGUAAACACUAAUCCAGAUUCAGUGGACAGCUGUUCUUUGCACAAAAAAAAUGAUGUAAAUACCCUUGAAGAUCCUCAAAUUACAGAUGAUGGAGUAACCUCUCCAAAAAAGACUGAGGAACACAAAUCUGUGACUGUUUCAAACCCUGAAGGAACAACAGCAACUAGUUUGCCUCAUAGCUCUAAUUUGGAUAGUUGUGGCAGCUCCAACAGUAGGUGUCAUCUUCCAGAGAGCAGUGUUGUAUCAGAAAAAGGCAAGACAUGUAAAAUUCCAAAUAAAAUAUCUACAGAAGUCAAACAGGAAAACGUGGAAGUCCAAAGACCAAGAAAAAGGAAAAGAAAUGAAAUUUCAAGAAAACAAAAGAUUGAAAUGGAUAAAUCAGCAAAAGUAAUGGAACUGAAAGCAGCUGCAAGAGAAUUGGAGAACAGUGAGCAGAUCCAGAUUUCGAUGCGACCAUGGAUAAGAAUAAAUGGUACAUUAAAUAGGAGAAUACUGGAUCGCUUGCUGGGAGCCAUUCUUGGACACUGCAUGUCCAAACCAGGAAAUACUAUAGAGAGCAUUGCUGAACGGUUUUCACCAGCAAUACAACCCUUUCAUGUAAGGGAACUUCUGGAGAUUCUGUGGAAGAUUGGCUGUGUUAAGAUGUACACCAUUCAUAAAUCAUGGCCAGCUACAUUAUUUUCAUCACCAUCAAAUAUAACUAUAUUGCCUGCUGAUGGAAGCGAAAGUAGUGCUGAUAUCGUAGUUGAUCCACAACCAGAUGCUGUUACAAGAUUGGGACAGUUCAUUGGAAAGAAGACAUAUUCAAAGGACUUCUUAAGUUGUUAGCACUAACUCAUUAUGACUGUCCUCAAAUUUAUUGAUCUUUUUUUCAAUGUAUAUGUUAUUUUUUCUACUUUUGGUGACAUAUGUAAUGCAUAUUUAUACUGUGUACAGUAGGAUUUAUAAUCCAAUUCAUUGUAGGCUAAUUUAAAUGCAACUCUGUGUAAAUAAAUAAAGACCAUUACAUUAUCAUA